CUUUGUGUCAGUGCUGAUCAUAACAACAAGCUUCCAGCUAGAAGCUUUGAGUUAGUCUUCCGUUUGAGACGUUUAUUAAGGACGUGUUAACGAGUGAAGUAAUAACAGGAUAAAACACAGCGGAGGAACCGGAACACGGAUUUGAACGCACGUGCCAUUCCAAAACAGAAACACGUGGCUCGUUGUGCUCUGUUACUGUUCGCUGGCAGAAAGGCACGUUUUAAAGACACAAUAUAGAUCGUCAUUAUGUCUUCUACUUGUGACUCCCUGAUCGAUGACAUUGAGGACAUGGUGUCAGCUGACGACCCGACUCCACAGGAGAGGCAGUAUGCCAGGAAGAGCAUCAUCCCCAGAGCCAGGAAGAGAAACACCCAGCAGACUACAGAGGUGCUGCAUGCAGACAGCGUGAUCCCUGGCAUGCAGAAGAUAUGGAUGAGAACUUGGGGCUGCUCCCACAACAACUCAGACGGGGAAUACAUGGCUGGACAGCUGGCAGCGAGCGGAUACAAGAUGACAGAGGACCCAGCAGAGGCUGAUCUGUGGCUGCUCAACAGCUGCACUGUGAAAAACCCGGCCGAAGAUCACUUCAGAAACUCCAUCAAGAAGGCCCAGGAGCAGGAUAAGAAGGUGGUGGUGGCUGGAUGUGUUCCCCAGGCCCAGCCCAGGAUGGACUACCUUAAAGGACUCAGCAUCAUCGGGGUCCAGCAGAUUGACCGUGUGGUGGAGGUGGUGGACGAGGCUGUUAAAGGUCACUCAGUGCGUCUGCUGGGGCAGAAGAAGGACAACGGGAAGCGUCUCGGCGGAGCCAGACUGGAUCUGCCCAAGAUUAGAAAGAACCCUCUGAUAGAGAUCAUUUCAAUCAAUACAGGAUGUCUGAAUGCGUGUACGUACUGUAAAACCAAGCAUGCCAGAGGAGACCUGGCCAGCUACCCUGUAGAGGAACUAGUGGAGAGAGCCAGACAGUCCUUCCAAGAGGGUGUGUGUGAGAUCUGGCUGACCAGUGAGGACACCGGGGCAUAUGGGAAGGACAUCGGGACAGACCUGCCCACUCUGCUAUGGAGACUAGUGGAAGAGAUUCCUGAAGGAGCCAUGCUGAGACUGGGCAUGACCAACCCUCCAUACAUCCUGGAGCACCUAGAGGAAAUGUCUAAGAUCCUGAACCAUCCUCGUGUGUAUGCCUUCCUCCAUGUCCCGGUGCAGUCUGCCUCCGACAGCGUCCUGAUGGAUAUGAAGAGGGAGUACUGCGCUGACGACUUCAGGCGCGUUGCUGACUUCCUAAAAGACAAGGUUCCUGGUAUCACCAUCGCAACGGACAUCAUCUGUGGUUUCCCAGGGGAGACGGAUGCUGACUUCCAGGAGACAUGUGACCUGGUGAAGGAGUAUCGCUUCCCCAGCCUCUUCAUCAACCAGUUCUACCCCCGGCCUGGCACCGCCGCCAAGAUGGACCAGGUCCCCGCCCAACUGAAAAAACAACGAACCAAAGAGCUGUCGGCCCUGUUCCACUCCUAUAACCCCUACCACCACAAGAUUGGGGAGACCCAGCAGGUGCUUGUGACUGAGGAGUCCUUUGACGCCCAGUACUAUGUGGCUCACAACAAAUAUUAUGAGCAGGUGCUUGUGCCCAAGAGGUCAGAGUUCAAGGGGAAGAUGAUUGAGGUGGAGAUCUUCGAGGCAGGCAAACACUUCCUGAAGGGAAGACCGCUGGACGGCUCUGAAGUGUUCACUCCCUCCAUCGCCGAGCCGCUGCAGAAGGGAGAGGUGUCUGGGCUAACUCAGCUGUCCCUCCAGCAGAAUGGAUCCGUCCCCUCCUCCGGCGUGCUGACUGCAUCCUGGAGCCCCUGGAGCUUGGACAGAGAGGGGCUGAAGCUGCUGUCCAUCAGCCUGGCUGUGGUGGCUAUCCUAGUGGUCUUCAUGUGGGAGAAACUCCACUGAGACUGAGGGAGCUGGAAGACUCGGACCUGGGCCUGUAUUCAUAAAGCGUCUCGGAGGAGGAGUGCUGAUCCAAGAUCAGGUCCCUCCUUUACAAUCAUCCUUAUAUUCUACGAGGCAAAACUGAUUCUAGAUCAGCAUUCAUACACUGAGACGCUUUAUGAAUAAGGGACCUGGGUCAAAUACAUAUGUAAAUUAUUUCCAAGUACUUUGUACUGGGCAAACUAAAUCAAGCGUAGCUCGAGUAUUUGAAAGAAUUUGACAUAUUUAUUUGGCCUGUAGGUUUGGUUGAAAUGGGUUUGGAUGGGUCUUAGUUUAGCUUUAUAUGAGAAGGACUUCUCUGUCUUGGACAAAGGGGGAGGGGAGGGGAGGAAGGGAGGGGAGGAAACAAGGACAGGAUACAAGGAGAGGACAGUUUAAAGACAUGUUGUGUGAUACUCUGGUUUAAGGUGGUGGACAGUAGUACCUUCAAUUAAAAGUAUUUAUUUUUUACCACAAUGAAACAGACACAGAUGAACGGUAUAUUUUUGGUAAUGAAUUGACAUGACUGUAAAAGCCCUCUCUGUGUCUGUCGUACUGUAGUACCACAUUGUGAUUGUUUAUGUGCCCUGGUCUGAAGUAGUUAGGGAACAGGGUGCCAUUUGGGAUGCUGUGAUGUACAGCAUGAACCUGCAUGGUGUUGGAUUCUAUUCAUGUACAUCCCAGCAGUGGAUCAUUCUCCUAUCCAGGGGACUUAUUGUCUGGCCUAGGUCCCUGUCCGCCUCUCAAAUGGCACCCUAUUCCCUUUAUAGUGCGCUACUUUUCACCAGGACCUAUGGGGUCUGGCCAAAGUAGUGCACUAUAUAGAAAAUAGAGUGUCAUUUGGGACACAGACUGACAGUGUUUUCUCAUCUUUGUUUGCAGCGUAAAGCUAACCUUAAUAAACCUUAAUAAACCACAA